AUGCAUGCCAUUAUACAAAAUCACUCUAUACUCAUGGAAUUUGCUUUGAUGGAAUCAAAAACGGAAACGGCAUACACUCUUUUACUAACAAAAUGCAAAACACUAUAUCCAUUUUUACAUCCUACAAGUGUUAUGACUGACUUUGAAGUGGCAUUGCGGGCUGUUUGUGGAAAUUCAGAAAGACAUUCUUGCUGGUUUCAUUAUGUACAAGUAUUUACCUACCUAUAUUAA